ACUACAUGUCCCGUCGGGCCCCGCGCGGCCCGCCGUGCCCGCGGCCGGCCAAUGGGGCGCGGCGGAAGGCGGAUAUAGCGCCGCCCGCGGGCCCGCUCCCUCCUUUCCGCCGGGCCGCGGCUCAUCAUGGCGGUGCAGAUCUCCAAGAAGCGCAAGUUUGUCGCUGAUGGCAUCUUCAAAGCGGAGCUGAACGAGUUCCUGACUCGAGAACUGGCUGAGGAUGGAUACUCCGGGGUGGAAGUCCGGGUCACUCCGACCAGGACUGAGAUUAUCAUCCUUGCCACCAGAACUCAGAACGUCCUGGGAGAGAAGGGACGCCGGAUCCGGGAGCUGACGGCUGUGGUGCAGAAGAGGUUUGGAUUCCCCGAGGGAAGCGUGGAGCUGUACGCCGAGAAGGUGGCCACGAGGGGUCUGUGCGCCAUCGCCCAGGCCGAGUCCCUGCGCUACAAGCUCCUGGGAGGGCUGGCCGUGCGCAGGGCCUGCUACGGUGUCCUCCGCUUCAUCAUGGAGAGCGGGGCCAAGGGCUGCGAGGUUGUUGUGUCCGGCAAACUCCGGGGUCAGCGGGCCAAGUCCAUGAAGUUUGUGGAUGGCCUGAUGAUCCACAGUGGGGACCCAGUGAAUUACUACGUGGACACAGCCGUGCGUCACGUCCUACUCCGGCAGGGAGUACUGGGAAUCAAAGUAAAGAUUAUGUUGCCUUGGGACCCCAGUGGAAAGAUUGGCCCCAAAAAGCCUCUGCCAGACCACGUCAGCAUCGUGGAACCCAAAGAAGAGAUUCUGCCCACCACCCCCAUUUCAGAGCAGAAAGGUGGCAAACCAGAACAGCCAGCCAUGCCUCAGCCAGUGCCCACUGCCUGAGGGGGUUUGUAACAUCUGCAACCAGAAGCUUGUCUGUCCUGAAAACAUCUCUUAAUAAAAUCACAAAAGACAGA